AUGAUGAAGUUGUCCGAUAGAUCAGAAAGGCGUAGUCCGCAGCCAGUGCAGUAUCCCGGAAAUCAGGCAAGGAUUGAACUGGAAAGGCGUAUAGCUGAGAUAAGAGCAUACUUGAACGAGAACAGAGCCGUACCAGAGAGGUGCAUCCGCCAAAUUAUCGCUGAACCACGCGAGUGUACAACUGGUGCAUCGACCAUCGAGCAGUACCUGAGCCGAAGAGUGGAUAGCGAGCACCAGAAGAGUUUUACCGAAGACGACCAAGGAAAGCAGGGGAUGGCUGCAUCAUUGAAAGCGAGAAAAGGGGUCCUAACCAGACAUUCCAACACCUUGUCACAGAGCUUAUCUAAGCAUUCUACGUUGGGAAAUGCAGUGAAUUUAGAGGAUAGCGAAGCAUGCAGGGUUGCUCUAGCUGGGAUUCGAGUGGCUGAAGUAGAGAUUAGAACACUUCUGAGCACAUUCGAAAAAGCCCUUUUCGAGUUUACUGAGGCAGUGGAUGGCCUCGUAGAGCCUCCAACGAAGGAGGAAGAGGAGAAAAUCUCCGAAUACAUUUCUAACGCUGAGAGUAUGAUCGUAGAAGUCACGAACUUACUUGUAAAGUUCGAAAUUAAUAAAAAUCAGAUACUAUCUCAUAAAUUAGAAGUUUCUGGUGUAGAUCACCAAAUACAUGGUGGGAGCACAGCUGCUCGGGUAGAGCUUCCCAAAAUACCGUUGCCACAAUUCAGCGGUAAAAGUUGGCAGUGGGACAGUUUCUGGGAAUUAUUCGACGCAACCGUGCAUUCAUCACAACUGUCAGAUCUCCAGAAAUUUAACUAUCUUCUGAAAGCUUUAAAAGGUGAAGCCCGUGAGUCUAUAGCUCGGUUUCAAGUGAGCUCAGCUAAUUAUUACCUUGCGGUGGCCCAUCUGAAGGAAAGAUAUGGUAAUGUGCAGAGCAUUAUUACCAAUCUUCACAGUCAGUUGGAGCAUUGGAGCGCAAGAAGUACGCAGCUGAAAGACCAGCGCAAGCUUCACGACCAACUGUCCGCCAUUACAGCUCAACUUGUGAGCAAAGGCGAAUGUCUGGAUAGCCCUUGGCUUUUGUCGAAAAUUCUUUCAAAGUUCACAGUGGCUAUUCAGAGAAACGCACUUAAAGAAAAGGUCUCUUUGCCGCAGAAUGAAUGUUGGACAUUAACUAAACUCCUGACCACUCUUGAUAAGGUGAUAAAGCAAGAGGAGGAAAUUGAAAAGCACAUCCCUAGGAAGCAGGAAAAUACCCAGUUUCCGAAAAAAGAGAUGUUUAGACCGCAACCACAAAUGAAAAAACGUACUCCAUUCUGCUUCUAUUGCGAAAGCAAAGAGCAUUGGUCAACAAAUUGUACCAAAAUUGUCUCCCCGAGGGCACGUCUGGAGUACUUGAAAAAGGCCAACCGCUGCAUAGGUUGUGGGUCUAAGACUCACAGUUUUACAGAGUGUAAGACGAAGGGCUGUAUGCACUGUGGGAAAAAGCAUCACGCUUCUACAUGCUUCAAGGGUGAUGCACCUAGUCCGUCCUCCCCAGUGCCAAGCCCAGACCGGAAAAGAGAGCAAAAGCAAAAAUCAGCACAUGUCCGGCAGAACCUUACACUCUGUGAUGAAACAGAGUCACUAGCGGAAGAAGAAGGAACUCCUGAUCUUACGGUUAUGAGGGUUGAAGACUCAUCCUGUAAAACACAUCAAGGAGAGGUGUUCCUUCUGACAGGGUCAUUACGCGCUCUACAUCCGACAACUCAGAAGCUAGUUACGCUUCAGAUCCUAUUGGAUACGGGUGCCGACCGCAGCUUCAUCGAUACUAGAUUAGCUAAAGAGCUUCAACUCCCUAGCCACGGUGUAGUCACCAUGAAGCUUAGGACCUUUGGCGCAAAGACCGCAAAAGAGAUUCAGUGUAUCGAUACCCGUCUGAGCGUAUGGGACUCUGAAGGAGAGCAGCUCAAGCUGCGGCUGUACACCCAUGAUAACCUCAAAAGAAAUUUCACUGGAGGAAAGCUCCUAGAGGAAGAUCUACGGUACAUCCGCGAGAAAGGAAUUAAGUUGAGCACUCCAAGCACUGGGAUUCUGAAACCCCCCGAAAUUCUCAUUGGAUGCGACCAGCUUUGGAACUUUAUAAAAUUCGGAGCACCUCACUUCACAAUGCCAUCCGGACUUAUACUGGUACCCACACGAAUUGGGUACAUGGUUUCCGGAGAGCGCAUUCAGAGUCGUGAGAAUGACGAACUACACUUACAUUCGUCUGUGCAUUCCAUAGAAUCUCAGGGAGAUGGUGACCCCUGGGAAAGCCAUUGGAGCAUCCAAACUCAAGGGAAAAGGGGACCAUACGUCACAAAUCGAGUACGAGAAGUGCGUGGCAUCGUGCAAUCACUAGUGGACAUGGGAGUUGAAAUGGAAUUUGGCUAUAUUGACACGAAAUGGAACCCAGCAGAUAUUGGAACACGGGGAGCAUCUACUCAGGAACUAUCGUCUCAUUUGUGGUGGGAAGGAUAUCCACUGGAAAACAUUACCAAUAACGGAUUCGUGUCUGGCAUUUUUAGCCUUCCGAACGAGAAAGACGAGGAAGAACAAGCAGAUGAUCCGUUGCUUCCAGUGCAAAUAAACGCCACGAAGACAGAUCAGUUCCCAGAUACAGGACAUUCUCGAUUUGGUGAAAUACAACAAAUUCUGGCGUAUGUACUGCGAUUUUUGAAAGGGAUCGCCUCUCACGUACAGGAUCCACUUCGUGAAAAAAUACGGCGUGUACUACCAUGCAUUGACACACCUAACGAAGGACAACGUCUUACAGCAUCAGACAUCAGAGAUGCUCACGAUGUCAUGAUCAGAAACCAUCAAGCAGUGCACCUAGGUUCGCAGUACAGAAGGGAGCUAUCUAAGACCAUCAAUAUAAAAGAAGAUGAAAAGCACUUGAUGAGAGCUUAUGGC